AUGGCACCUGUCACUGCUAAAUACACGGGCCAGCUGCGUGAUAAACGGAUUCUUAUUGUUGGAGGCACCUCCGGCAUCGGAUACAGUAUAGCAGAGGCCGCUUUAGAACAUCACGCUGUGGUUACCGUCGUCGGUUCCAACCCGAUCAAGCUCAAGGACGCAGUGUCUCGGCUUGAGAAAUCUUAUCCUUCUGAGACGGCAGGUGGCCGGGUCCGAGGGAUUGCGUGUGAUCUUGCAGAUUCGUCAAAUCUCGAGGAUAACGCGCAAAAGAUCCUUGCAUUUGCAGCGGAGACGUCCAAAAUCAACCACAUUGUGAUCACAGCUGCCGAUAUGACACAACCGCCGUCUCUGAUGGAAUUCACAGUUGAGAAGGUGGAGAGGACGGGAACAAUCCGAUACAUGGCACCCUUGAUGUUCGCCAAACACCUGCCUCGGUUCAUGGACUUGAGUGCAGCUAACUCCUUGACGCUCACGAGUGGCGCCCAUGCCCACAAACCAGAUCCCGGCUGGACGGUCAUCUCGGGAUAUUGCGGUGCGGUGGAAUCCAUGGCGAAAGGACUCGCAAUUGAUCUCCAGCCAUUACGGGUAAACGUCGUGUCACCCGGUGCCAUUAUGACCGAUGUAGUCAAGGACAUCCUAGGAGAUGCGUACGACAUUGCCAUAAAGAUGGCCAAGGAGAAGUCACUAGUUGCCAGUGCGGGCACGCCAGAGAAUAUUGCUCAAGCUUAUCUCUACCUCAUGAAAGAUCAAUAUGUAUCUGGGACGGUACUGGAGUCUAAUGGUGGUAUGUUUCUCGCUUGA